UCUAUGGGAAUCUUCAGUCAAUCACAAGCAACUUCUCAACAUUCGAACGACGUUUUUUCUUCUUCUUCUAUUCAUUUUAAAAUUUCUGCGUGAAUUGAAAUCGAUCUGUCUGUCUCUCGGUUGGUGUUAUCAUCGUUGUCGUGAUCAUUUUAUUUGAAAUCUUUCCUCAAACAGAAUACGGAGAAUUUGAUUCGUUUGCAAUUAAGAGUUUCGUGCAAAGACUCUCAUUCAAUUCAUCGAUAGCUGCGGCUAUCUGUUAAAACCAACACCCUUUUGUAUGCCGAAUGCGUGUAAUCUUAUGUUGAUUAGCUUGGCUUGAAAAUCCAGUAGCCACGAACUACGAACCCACCUUAUCGCACAAAAGUGGUUUGGAACGUUGAAGGAAUGAAAUAGCGGACAGAAGAAGAACAGACGAAAAAGGAAAACAUCGAGACAAAAACAAGAAUAACAAGUCGCGUGGACACACACAAAUAAACAAAAAUAAAUUAUGAUAGCUGCUUAUGUAAUACGACUGUUCGGUGCGGUGACGAUUGCGUACAUUGUACCGCUAUUUUCGCUGGCAUUCGCAGAAAAUGUUGGCGAUUCAUGUCAAGUGGCGCGCAGUGGUACGGCUGGUGUAUGCAAAAUCAUCAACGAUUGCCCGGCCGUUAUCGAUGAAAUCGUCAGCCAGGGCCUGUUUCCGGCAAAGUGCGGGUUUCGUGGACGAGAUCAAAUUGUCUGUUGUCCAGUGCCACGCAGCAUGACCACAACCACAACACCAGCACCGACACGAAUCAGCCAGAGAAAAUGUAAGCAGUAUGAGGAUGCAAAAUUCGAUCGAGUAUUUACCAAUGUUGGUUUCAAUGAUAAGCCCAUUUUAGAAACAGUUGAACGAUGCACAUUUUCUAUCGUACCGCUUGUUGUUGGCGGUGAAGUAGCCAAUUCGGGUGAAUUUCCCCAUAUGGCACUCAUUGGAUAUGAACGAAAUUUCGAAACCAACAUCAUAUGGGGCUGUGGUGGAUCGUUAAUCAGUGAAGAAUUUGUGCUAACAGCGGCACAUUGUGUGGAAACCAGCCGAUAUGAGGGACGAGCAAAGUAUGUGCUGCUGGGUGAGCAUGAUUUGAGCAAUGACAAAAAUGAUCGACCGUUACAGGUGGAAAUAGCGGAGAAAUUUCCGCAUCCAGAAUUUAAGCGUUCGGCCAAAUACUUUGAUAUAGCAUUGGUGAAGAUGGGCGUUCGGGUGACAUUUAAUCCAUACCGACGACCGGCCUGUCUACCCCAUGCCUAUGACACGGGUACGGGUAAGGCAAUCGCAACCGGUUGGGGUCGUAUCGAUUUCCGUGGUCCAAGCAGUCAAGUACUGCAAAAAGUCAUUCUGGAGCUAUUCACCGAAGAUGAAUGCAAUGCAACGUAUUUGGAUGCCGCACGAACCACACAAUUGCGCUACGGAAUUCUACCAGCACAACAAUUCUGUGCUGGUUCGCACACCGAAAAGAAAGACACGUGCCAGGGUGAUUCGGGUGGGCCGUUGCAGACAUUUCAUCCAUAUGUGAAAUGUAUGUACACAAUUGCCGGAAUUACGUCGUUUGCCAAGCAAUGCGGUGAUCUAAAUGCUCCCGGUGUCUAUACACGUGUGUACAACUUUUUGGAUUGGAUCGAGAAUAUUGUGUGGCCAAAUCAAUAGACAAAGACCACGUUUUGGUUUUCUAUCUCUCUUCACAAAAUCAACAACAAUUUCAUGGGGCAAAAUUGAAUAAAUUAAUGCGUAAAAAUUGAAUCCGAAUAAAGAAAUACUCGAUACUUAGAAAGAGAAUGAGAAAAAAAACACUAUUUUUUAUUGACUUUCCGUCCGAAAUAGUGCCAAUUUGACACUGCCAAUGAUGCGAUGACCAUUUCAUUUUAUAACCAGUUAGUUGCAUUGAAAUUUUCUUUGACGCAUAAACAAAAGUGUAAACCCAUUAGAAAUGACCACAAAAACACGAAAAAAACGAUACUCACGAUACUCGCAUGAUGUCGUCAUGUGAUGGUUUUCUGUUGAAUCUGGCAAUGGCCAUGUUUUUAUUGUAAUUAUCAACACCGCUUGUGCCAGCAGCACUAACUGCUACUGGUAUCGAUUGCCCAAAAUCGCCCGCCAAUCGAUUCACAUUCAGUUGAUUCGCACUGUUGACAUUAUUCAUCAAAUUACUGCCGUCAAAGUUGCCCUAAAUGGGAAUAAUGAAGAAUAUUGAUAUAAUUGGUCAAUCGAAAUGAAAUACGAAGGAAAUUAUUUUAAAAAAUGAAAACGUGAUUAAAAUGAGCUCAAAACCAUGAUAAAAAUGAUGAGAUUAUUAUCACAUGAUCAAUGGAUCUUCGUGCAUGAAAUUAACGGCAAAAUGUCAAAAAAUGGGAACAAAUCGAAAAAUGAAAAUAUCGUCCGAAAAAACAAAAUUAACCAAAAUAUUUCAAGGUCACAAAAUCAUCUGUACCUGGCUGGUGUCAUCCUGGAACAAUUCAGCUGGAAUUUCUGAGCUAAUGAAAUCAUCUUUGUUUUUGUAUGUUUUCCCAAUGGCCGUUGUUGAUACGGGCGUUUGUGCCCGACCAACUGUUAUCAAAAUUGGUUUAUUCCCAGGCUGUGGAAUCGUUUGUAUGAUUUGUUUUUGUCCAAUCUGUUGUUGUUGCUGUUGUUGCUGUUGUUGCUGCUGUUGAUUUUGUAGUAGUUGCUGUUGUUGCUGUUGUUGUUGUUGUUGUUGUUGUUGUUGUUGUUGUUGUUGUUGUUGUUGUUGUUGUUGUUGUUGUUGUUGUUGUUGUUGUUUGACCGCUUUUAAUUUUUGUGCAUCAAUUAGACUUUUGCCACUGGCAUUCAGCUGACGAAUACCAGCUGCUGAGGCAGCGGUUGCUUGAUUGUUUAGUAUUUGAUUGGACGCAAUUUUAACAAUCGGAAGACGUUUCAUGCCCUGCAUAUUACCGCCUGCAUUCGCAAUGAUCACAUUGCCUGUGAUUCGACAAUGGAAAAAGAAAAAUUUGAUAAAAUUCAUGAUUUCAAUUAAAUUAAAAUACAAAUUUCAUUCGUUUUCACGGUACAAAAAUGAGAAUAACGUAAAACUUGAUCAAAAAUUGACAAUCAAUUACCUGGCAACUGUUUUUUGUUGGCAAUCAAUUUCGGAUUGAUGGAUUGUUUAAUAUUUUGAUGUGUUUGCACCAGAAUUGGUUGUUUAUUUUUGUUUUCCUGCUUAAUAAAUGUAGCCAUUGGAUCGGCGACUGUCGCAGCCGUAACAUUGUCUAGCAAUUCUUCAACGGCGAUAUUAUCGACAGUCUGAUUUGAUGUACCGGCCAUACCUGGUGUUUUAAUGGUCACAUCAUAAAUCAAAUCACUAUUAUAAUCGGCUGUAUUAUAGACAUUUUCGCCAAUAUCAUCGCUGGUCACAUUUGCCGAGGAUGCGUCCACAACAGCGCCGCCAUCUUCGGUAAUAAUUUGAUCGGCAUCAACAUCGUCAAUAUUAUCACACUCCUCAUAGUCAUUGAUGCUGGGUGUUUGAAAGUCGCUCGGUGAUACGACAUACGGUGAAUUGACUACAUCGUCAUCCAUACCAUCGGCAUAAUUAUCAAAUAGUUCUUCGGUUAGUUCACGAAUGACCGGGCCAUCGGUGACAGCGCCGCUGCCAGCACUGCGUGAUGUUUUUCGCACUUUGGCCGCAUUGGUGGGAAUGUCAUUGAUCAUCAAUUGAUAACGGCGUUUAACACCGCCCAUACCACCCAUUGAUCCAAUGCCACUGCCACGUUGCGGUUGCACAAUUGUCACCAAAAAUUGUAUCAAUUUAUUGACAAUUUGCUGUUGUUUCAGAUGCUUUUGCCGUAAAACGGCCACUUCACGCCACAGCGCUUCGUGCUCCUGUUUCAUUGACAUAAAUCGAUUGUCAAACGAAUCCUGUCGGCCUUUCAUUAAUUUCACAUCGCUCAACACCUUUGACACAAUUUCCUGCUUGAUGGUCGUUUUAUCAUCCACAUUAUUUGAUGUUUUGGCUGUGGAUAUUUUUCGCUUGAUAAGCUCCAACAGGUAUGGAUGAUCAUGCUGAAAAUAUGGAUGUGAAAAUUCCAUUUCGUCACGAUCAAACUUCAAACCACCACCAUCGAGUGAUGUGAUUUUAUGGAAACCAUCUAUUUGGGAUUGGGGAAGCAAGCAUAGGAGUAGAAAACAAAAUAUUGGAUUAAGAAUACCUCCGCACCGUGAAUUAAAGAUGAACUUAAUAAGUAUUACUUAUGAAAUAAACAAAAAGGCGGUGACCGUUGCGUUGUCAAUCGUCUACCUGAAUCUCUCACUAUAUCGAAUACUUACACAUAUUCAGCUGCCGUAUGAAACUCGCCAUAUUGUUGUGCUUAUAAUUCAAUGGCAAUAUCUCACGCGCAAAUUGAGCCUGAUUUUGGAUGAUAAAACUUUUCCCAUCCUAAGGUUGAUUGAACGGAGAGAAGGAAAACAGAAAAAUACAUGAGAAAAACAUAGAUAGAUAGAAUAUCAAAAAUAUGUGACGUCAUGGCAAUAAAAAAAACACAAAAAGUCGAAGUCCAUAUAAAAACCAACAGAAAAAACGGAAAAAAAAAUCCGUGUGUUGAUCGAAAUCUGGUCAAACAUGCACCAAUCUGAUCUGCCGUUCAAUAAGACGCAACCAGUGUCGAUAUCAUAUCGGAUGUUUGUACAUAUGACGUUGAUUUGCUACUACUGCUGCUGCUUCUGUAUCAAAAAGUCACUGCUGCUGUUUAUAUGUUCGAAAAAAAAGUCAUCAUUAUUCUCCGUCAUUUCAGUCACCGUCAAAAUGGACCAAUUAUAGUGUGAAAACAUGCGCUGAUUGCCUAAUUGCCUGCUUCAAAGCGUUCGACACAAGAAGAAAAAGAAGGAGAAGUAAACAGAAACGGUGUGGCGCUGAUCGUGGCAAAAUAACGAGAAAAAUAUUGCCGUGCACACGCCAUAGACAGAGUGAAAGAAAAAUGUAACCUUUUUUAGUAGAUUUCAACAUCGCGUAAUGUAACGUUUUGGCCCAUUUUCGUGGUAAUUUCAGUGUUAUAUUAAACGUGGAUUAUGUGCAUGGUUCCCAAUAAAAUGAUAAGUGAGAAUGAACCGCAUACAGAAAGAACAUUCAAAUCAAAUUUGGUGAGCAUGAAAAGAAAGCGAGCCCAGAACGGGCGACCGAGAUCGGUCAAACUGUCGCUGAAUUCGAUUCUUCGGUAUCAAUAUCGCGCGAAUUUUGUGGCACAAGUCAACAAUUGGUGCCACACAGCCACCGUCAUCACCGUUUUGGCGUCAUUGUUGUUUCUCUUCGAGAACAACCGAGCAUUCGACGAAGAUAACCACGACUUUUUCAGAGGCAAUGGAUACGAAUUGAUCAAGGAUUGCUUCAAGAACAAUUUGAACGAGAACCGACACAAAUUGCCGUUGGCCUUCCGCCAAAUAAUCAAAGCAGCAGUGCCAAACUUCCGAUGGCCACAACGUGAAGGCAUGGGAAACGCAUUCAAUGCGCUCAUUGAUCAAUAAACCACCAAUGUGAAGAACAACAUCAAAACGUGGAGCUACACCCGCCAUUCGCAUGAGAAAAUCAAUGCAAUGUACGAAAAUCGUGAUUUCCAUUUCGUACUUGGCAUGGAUCCUGGUGUGCGAACCUGGAAUGUACCGGUGCGAAAACAUAUCGCAUCCGAUGUGGAAGAAAACAUCACGAUCAACGGUCCGAAAUACCAUUUCCGAGCGAAAUAUGGCAAACGAAAGCGCAAAUCGGAAAAUGGCUACGAUUGUUCACCGAAUUGGAGCAACACGAUCGAAAUCAAUAUCCAUUCUAUCCAUCACAUUGGAUGAGUUACAUCGAACAUCGUGUGAAAAUGUUGCAGCCUGGAAUGGAGGUUUACACAGCACGCAAAUACAUUCGCCUCAGCCUUGAUAAACAUAUCGAGGAGACCCGUGCAAGUGAUACCAUCGCUGCUUUUUUGACCAGAAAAUUGCCAUCGCUCAUUUUCCUUGGUGCAGCUCAAAUGGCUCCAAAUUCUCCAAUUGGUAUUAAGAAACGAUUACGGUGCCCUGGUGUACGAAAACUACUGAACAGCUUCAAGAAACUGAACAAUUGUGUGGUGGUGAUGGUUGACGAGUACAAAACAUCGCAGACUUGUGCAAAGUGCUUUCGGCCAUUUGAUCGACGUACAAGAAUGAACCGCUACAAAGUCUGCCGUCAAUGCAUUCCAAAUGCAGCAAAUAUCACACGACUGACAAACACGUGAGCAGUGUGAUCAUCGGCAAGAAAAGCAACCGGUUGUAUCAACGAGAGCGACUACAUGUUGUUGCGGAAUAUGAACGAAUGAAUGUAGAUCCAGUAUAUUCAAAUGGUUUAGUGCCGAAACUCAAUGUAUGGUUCAAAAACUGGCAGCUAAACACUAAUAACACUUGGAACGAUUCACGUCAUCCACAUAAACAGAACACUGUUUGGCAUCGGGAUGAAGUCGCUGCCAAGUGCAUAUUGUACAAAGGUCUUUGUAUGAUAAAGGGCUUGGAUGUGCAGUGCAUCCGCAACUGUCGAGACAACAUCAUGCAGCAGCUGCAGCCGCGCAGAACAAUGCCGAAGGCGACCAAGAUGACAACGAUAGCGACAACGACGAUGAUUACGUUUACGUUCUCGACGACGUGUCCGAUGAAGAAUAGUUUUUCGUUGAGAUGUAGGAUUAAGUUUUCAAACAAUAAUAAUUGUAACGUUUUGUUACUUUGCUGGGCUUUGAGUAUUGUGGCCUUGUCCGAAGUACGGGGCUUAGUCGGAUCAUAUAAAAUACCUCGUAUGAAACGCUAAUUAUUCAAA